AGAUUCUUCUAUGAACGUGUUUUUUGUCGCGAAGUUAAUUCAAUUAAAAUUUACUCUCUGAGAUAUUCGUCCGUUGUUAUCCUUAAUCCUUACUUUAACUUCACGAUGAAAUCAUUGAUCGGAACGCUAUGUAUUUAUUGUCUAUUCAUAUUAACGAAUAAUGUAGUAUCGAGUUAUGGAGACGAUCUAUAUCCUCUAACUAUAAUGCAUACGAAUGAUUUUCACGCCAGAUCUGAAGAAACGAACGUCAAGGCAAACCCAUGUAAGUCUAGUGAGAAAUGCAUCGGUGGUCUGGCACAUGCCUUACAUACCGUUAAAAGAAUAAUUAAAGGGCAAGAAAAGAAGAUAGAAUCGUUAUACAUUAAUGCGGGUGAUAACUAUACGCAGACUUAAUCGUUAUAUAUUUUUUAGUAUAAUACCGA